AUGAGUUCAGAAAUGACCGGUGAAACGGAAGAAACGAAGGAUGAUGAAGAUGAAGAUGAAGAGGAGAUGAAGGACAGAGAUGAUGAUGAUGAUGAGGGAGAUGAAGGGUUCUCUGUGCUUUCAGAUUUGCCUGUUGAGAUCAGUGAGAGACGCCCGACCUGUCACACGUGCUGUCGUCCAGUGAAGGUGUGUCUGUGCCCGUAUCUCCCAGCGCGUCCUCUCGACAUCUCCACAUACCUUUACAUCGUCCAGCAUCCGGCCGAGGAGAGCCGCGUCCUCCGAACGGUUCCACUCCUGGCGGCUUGUCUUCCUCCCGUGAAAUGCAAAGUCUUCAUUGGAAGGCGAUUUACAGACGAGAGACAUCCCGAGCUGGCGGCCGUAUGUAAGGACGCACACACUUUGCUUCUGUAUCCCGGAGCUGCUGCAGCUAAUCUGGAGGAUCUCGCCUCAGAUUUUGCCACGACGGCCCAUAAUGUCAUUCUGAUUGAUGGUACUUGGAGUCAAGCGAAAGACAUGUUCCUCCGCAACUCUCUUUUCAGGCUCCCCAAACAGGUGCAGCUGCGGAGCGUCUCCUCCAGUCAGUAUGUGAUCCGCACACAGCCCACAAACAUGUGUGUGUCCACGCUGGAGUGUGCCGCCGUCGCGCUCUCUAUAAUGGAGAAGAACCAGAACAUCCAGGAGGUUCUUCUCAAGCCGCUUCAAGCUCUGUGCUCCUUUCAGCUUCAGCAUGGCGCUCAGAUCCAUCACAGUAAAGAACAUCUCAUUAAAAACGGCGAGUACAACAAGAUUCUGCCCCAAAACAAGCGCAAGAUUCGCAGGAUGCAGAAGCUUAUCAGCAACCAGAACAUCUGAGACUUUUUUCUAAACGAAAUUACAGCACCUUUUCUACAGGAAACAAUGUCUCGCUUCUGUUUCUCACGGCUGCUGAUGUCUGAUUUUUAUCUGAAGUGUUCAGAAGAGCAAUAUUAAUAUGUGCUGCCAUAAGGACAGUUGAUCUAUUCAUUGAGUUCAUAAAUUAUUGUCAUUUUAUUUCUGCUGCUAAAAUUAAUGAGAACGUUUAUUGCUCGUGCGUGUGUUUUACGCCUUCUGGUGGCGUCGUACUGUAGCGCCGCUCUUGUUCUGUUAGACCGAUCGGCAUCAAAGUAUCGCGAGAGCAGACUGCUGUCGACAGGGUUGCCAACUCAGCGGGUUUCCUGCAGAAUUGGGUUACUUUUAAACUGAUUCCGCCGUUUUCAUAAAUUGUAGUUGACUUAAAUGCGUGUAUUAAACUAAUUUACUCUAUCAAAUCUAUGUUCUAACAAUAAUAAAAGUGAAUCGGUCAAUAAAUCUGUAUAUAGUUCUAAAAUUCCUUAAGGAUUUUGUUCACCCACUGUAAAUCUCGAGGUUAGAUCGUCUUUUUUAUGUAAAUCUACUAUGUCAAUACUGCUAUACAAUUAUUUUUAUUGAUUUAAGUGUCUAAUACAUAACAGAGACAGUAAAAUAUGUAUUUAUGUUAUGUAUGAGAGUGGCAUGUUUUGAGUUGUGGUGUUUGGGCGACUUUUGGACUGGUUUUGAUUGGCCGUUGGGCAUGUUUAUUUUUUACAAAACUUGGCAACCCUGGCUGUCGGUUUGCUCACGCGAUACACUGAUGUCACACGCCGGUCGGUCUGCGCAGCCAGCGCCGCAUGAAACACACUUCUGACUCUAGAACGUCAGAGUUGUAAGUAGCCAAUCAGAAUCCGAGUCUGAAGUCCGCUUGUUGCGUUGGACCAAUCACAUGCGUUGAAUGCAUUUGAGUCUGGCCCUGUCCCAAAUGGCGCACUUGCGGUCUCGUGGACUUAAAUUGCGCGUUCUCGCCAAGUCUACGAGUCCGUAGAGUGUCGCAUUUGUCUUUUUAGCGCUCAGAAGUCUGCUCGCGAGCGCCUCCUUUGUGCCCUCGACUCCACUGAAGUCCCCUACCCAGGAAUCCUUGCGAACGCCCAAUCACAGAACGGAUGGGAGGAGUGUCGUGGAUGUCAGACAUUUACGUAAACAUGACGGAUACAUUUUUAAAUAUAUGUUUUGAUAAAAAUUAAUUUAAUUAAUUAGUUACUUAUUCAUAUUAUUUCUUAUUUAUUUUCUAUUAAGUCAGCUAUUCAAGAAUAAAAACUUUUAAU